AUGCCUCUAGUAUCUAUAAUAAAGAACAAAUCGACUCUUAGAAAAAAGAUGACAGAGGCUGUUCAUCAUAAAGGGGCAGUUAUCUUUUGUCAACUUUGGUCUAUAGGCCGUACAGAUUUUCGAAAAUUGAAUCCUAUAAAUGAACUUAUUAUCUCUGCUUCAGCUAUUCCUAUAAAGGGUCAAUGUGCACUUUUGGGUGGUGUGGAUUAUGAAGUGCCUUAUGCCUUAGAGAUUGACGAAAUAAAAGCUGUCAUUGAAGAUUAUCGAUUUGAUGAUGUUGAAAUACAUGCUGGUUUUGACUACCUUAUUGCUCAAGUUAUGAAUUCAUCUAGUAAAAUAAUACGUACUGAUGAGUAUGGAUGUAGUAUUCAAGUGCUUCAUCUGCAAUGGGUGAAGAACAAAGUGAUAUUCGAAUUCUCUCCUGUUGUGUCAUUUCAAGAUAUGCAUGAUGAUACUCCUUUCGAAACCUGGGGCUAUUUAAUAUCUCAACUUUAA